AUGGUAGCUCAUCUCCAUGAUACAUAUUAUGAUGCUAAGGCAACCCUGAUAUCAGAAGCUGAUAUCAAGAAAAUUAGAGAAUCAAGAGGUAAGAUACCCAAUGCAUCAAAAAAAAUGGCUGAUAAAUUUCAUAUCGGAUCUAAGUGUGUUUAUGAAAUAUGGGAUAAUAAAGAACGUAUCCAGCAAGAGUUAUUUCAUUUUCCUCUGCCAAAAUACAUCACCCUUCACAAAACUGGAAAAAAAGAUAUGCAAUGA